AUGGUUGCAGACAGUGAGGAAGAGGAUCCAAUGGGAUUGAAACAGUUGGCCUUGAGCUACGACUAUCUCAUAUAUAAGAUUAAUGACCAUGUCAAAAGCCUUUCGGAUAUCACUUUUGAGUCGGUCAGCCAGAAAGAGCUGCUAAUAAAGAGAGACUACUUGCAACAACAGUUGAAACUCGACAUGGAGAUGGCUCAAAUCGACAAGCUACUAGUAGAAUGUGACAAGUUGGAGUUGGAAUUUAUGAAGUUGGACCAAUUGAAGGGGUUUGUGGAUGAUUUCAAGGUUCGGGUGUCUCGACUCGAAACCCAGUUUUCCCGACAAUAG